AUGGAUACCCAGUCUACACAACAGCAGGCCCCGUCCUCCUCUUCACUGCAGGAUCAAAAUGGACACACAAGGGAACAGCAGCAACAACAAACACAACAACAAACACAACAACAAACACAACAUACACAGCAACAACUCGACCAACAACAGCUACAGGAAGAGGAAGAAGACGAGACAGAACCAUUCGUGGUCGUCCGUGCUCUCUACCCCUUCCACUCUGAAGAACCAUCCUCGCUCUCCUUUGAACGGGAAGAGCUGAUCCAGGUCCUCACCCAGCUCGACUCUGGCUGGUGGUAUGGCUUUUGCCAUGGCGAACACGGCUGGUUCCCCUCCAACUAUGUCGAGGAAGUCACCCAGGACGAGCUUGACCUUGCCUCUGAGGCUGCUUCUGAUGACGACCAUCAUCGCCAACACGCCGACCACAGCGACCCCGGCGAGCAUGACCACGACGAUGAUGACCACGACGAUGAUGACCAUCAUAGUAGUGAUGGUGAAGGGGAAGAAGACGAUGGAUCUAGCAACGGCGACUUUUGGUUGCCACAAACUACUCCAGACGGUCAAGUCUUUUACGUCAACACCAACACCGGCGAGUCCUCUUGGACAAUCCCUACCCCGUCCACAAGUCGAGCCAUCCCCCCAAUCGAGGAGCAAGAGGACGAGGCACUGGAUCACACAUUGCCCAAGAGUCAUCAGGAUACAAACCACAGCAAUUCAAGAAACAGCGCCGACGCGUCAAAUCGAGUGGCGUCCUCGUCAACAACAUCAACAGCAGCAGCAACACCAUCGGCAACAGCGAGAUCAUCUAUAGACGCCACGACCGCGUCCGACACGCUGAAUCUCGCUCGACCCAGUGACUUGUCCAUCUUGACAGUUGCCCCUGGCCAUGAUCCGGUUGAAACCGAGAGUCAAGCGGGUUCAACUCGUCCGAACUCGCUCCAAAUGUCGGCAAUCCCAACCAGAGCCGGUUCGCCCAUCUCACCUUGGCCAGAAGCUCCAGGAUUGAGACGUCCUUCUGGUAGAGCUCUUGCCGAGAAUGCGCCUGCCCCCGAAUUACCUCCCCUCCCCACCAUCCCAAGCCCUUUCAACCCAGAGCCGACAUGGGAAUCCCUGGCCGACUAUACCAGUGGAGCCAUCCAGAACCUGCUCUACUCGGCCGAGAACGGUUUCAAGGGAUAUUUCCAGAUCCAGGCAACCCAGGUCGUCGAGGCGAUCCGCGUCAUGCUCUAUGCCUCAGGAACUGUGGACAAGGAUUCGACACCCAUUCGCAUGCACCCAGGAUUGAAACUGCACCAUCGACAAAUCAUGGCCGCGCUCUCAAAGUUGAUCCUCUCGGCCAAGAUGGCUUCUGGUGUGUGGCCUGCCGAAGGAGCCGUCUCCAAGAUGCUCUCGGACGCGAACGAUGUCGCCCAGUCGGUUCACCAUUUCAUCCUCAUGGCCCAAGGCGCUGGUGUUACGGUCCACGAUGUCGAUGCCAAGCUCAUUGUCGACCCAGAGAGCUCAAUGGAUCCCAAGCCCACUGAGAGGUCCAACAGAGGAUUGUCUUCAAGAGCCUCCAUGGAGGGCGGCGAAGCCCACUUGCGACCCCAGGCGAUCUCGAUGGGACUGCUGAACCAGCUCGACUAUUACUCCAAGAGCUCCUGCAGGGCAUUGAGUACCCUUUCGCUGCAACUCAGGAAGGCCAUCGACUCCUCCCGCAACACAACACCCCAGGCUACGACUUCUUCUCGCUUGUCCCUUGGCUCCUCGAUCCUUAACUCGUCUCAGUCCUCCCAGAUGGUCAACCAGUGCCAGCAGAGCAUUUCCCAGCUGGGCUCCCUUCUCAGCCUUGUCGGCGAGUUUUAUACCCUAACUCUGAACGAAUACCCAUCCAUCGAGGACCAGUACUUCAUGGACGUCCGCGCCUCCAAGCAGACUCUAUACAACAACAUUGCUUCUCUGGUCAUGUCGAUCCAGCUGGCCACCGAUCCCAUGGUCCAAACCUCUGUUCUCGAGAUGGCUCUGGAGGCGACCACCACGGCAGAGCGAUCGACAAUGGAGCUGGUGGCGCUCAGCCGCUCUUUGGCAAUGGAGAAGGACGAGGUCGACAAGCAGGAGCGUCUCUAUGGCAAGGGAGUGUUGGACCCAGUGCCAAGUGCAGUCAACCUAACCUUCAACGCCUCCCAGCGACAAACCGAGAUCGACAGUUAUUUCCAGGAACCGGGAUCGGACAUGGAUGGCUCAACUCUCAAGGACUCUCGACUCCGCUCCAACUCGCAGGUUUCGACAUUCUCCAGCGCAUCGUCUGCCUCUAACAUCUCUGCACCAACCACUCCCGGAACAGAAUACACAGGACGUUCGCAGGCAAACGCCUAUCCCUUCCCCUCCAACCCAACGAGCGAAAGGAGCGCGUCCCCACCUCCUCCUGUUCCUGCUCUUCCUACAGUUGCCACUGCCAUCACCAACUCUCACAGCACUCAGAAUGCUCAAUCGCAAAAGUUCGACAAUCGUGGUCACAAGGUGAAGAAGAUGUUGGGAGACGAGGCGCCAGCACCCGCAGCCAAGCCAAAAGUUCAGGAACAGCCCUGGUAUCUCGGGCACGACUACUCACCCGCCGACAUUUCAUUCAACAUGGAGGGUCACGUCCGUGGAGGCACCUUGCCAGCACUGGUCGAGCGUUUGACACUCCAUGAUGGACCCCAGGCCAACUUUGUAGCCAACUUUAUGUUGACCUACCGCUCCUUCGCCACCACCGAGGAGCUGUUCGCUUUACUCUUCCAACGAUUCACCAUUGCACCACCUAUGGGAUUGGACGAGGCUGAGAUGGGGGAGUGGACAGAGCGCAAGCUGACGCCCAUUCGCCUGCGCGUGUUCAACAUUAUUAAGUCUUGGCUGGAGAACUAUUACAUGGAGGAUGAGGUGGAGGACCGACAGAUUCUGCCCAAGAUCAAGGAGUUUUCAGAGUCGGAUUUGAUGAAGGACACAUUGAGCUUUGCCGCUGUCCAGUUGAUCAAGCUGGUGGAGAAGCGUGAGGUCUCGGACGGAUCCUUGCGCAAGAUGGUCCUCAACUUGACGACGCAAGCACCCCAGCCAAUCACGCCCCGCAACCUGAAGCGCAUCAAGUUCCUGGAACUGGAUCCCCUCGAGUUUGCGCGCCAGUUGACGAUCAUGGAGGCUAACUACUUUAACAAGAUCAAGCCAAUCGAGUGUUUGGCCAAGGCCUGGAUGAGCGACGAUCCCGAGAUUGCGGCCAAGGCGGAAAACAUCAAGAAGAUGAUUGAGACCAGUAACUUGUUUUCCAACUGGAUCGACGAGAUUGUUUUGGGCGAGAAGGACCCCAAGAAACGUGCCGCCAUCCUGCGCCACCUUAUCGCUGUUGCCGAAAAAUUGCGCCAGUUGAACAACUUUAGUAUGCUUUCGGCAACAACCGCGGCACUCUCUCACUCACCCAUCCACCGAUUGAAGCGCACAUGGGAGUUGGUUCCCAACAAGUACAUCAACUCGCUCGCUAUGCUUCAAGCAUUGACGAGCUCGGCCAAGAACUGGGCCGAGUACCGCGCGGAGCUGCAUUCGGUCAACCCACCCUGUGUGCCCUUUGUAGGAAUCUAUCUCACGGAUCUGGUGAUGAUUGAGGACGGCAACCCGGACAUUCUUCGUAAGACAGACAACCACAUCAACUUUUACAAGCGUGUCAGCACGGCAGAGGUGAUUCGCGAAAUUCAGCAGUACCAGUCGGUCCCUUACUGUCUGACGGUGGUCCCCGAGAUCCAGGCGUUCAUUCGUCGAGGAAUGGAUAAUGCCAAGGGUGUCACGGAGCUCUAUGACAUGAGUCUCGCCCUUGAACCUAGGUGA